GCUGUCAAAAUUUAUUUAUUUAUUUUAUAUUUCCUUGGUAUAAUCACCGGUCAUAGUUAAACAUAAUAUACUAAUUUUUCAAUUAUACUUUUUGUGUCUGGUUUGAGGGUACUUCUAUUGCAGUGACAGAACGGCAAUUUCUUUUUUAUUUUUUGAUGAAAUUGAAAGAGUAAUUUCAAGACACAAACAGGGAGAAAUAUUUUUUAUUUUAUUUUUUUCUCUCUUCUCCUAAAUAAUAAAGGAAAGAAAAUAAAGCUUGUAAUUUUGCGUGAAGGAGUGAAAUAAUAAUUAAUUAAAUAUUUUGGUGGGAAUAUGGAAGAAGGAUUGGUAAGGUGUGCGAUGGGGCAGUGAAAAAGGCGAAGCCCAUCAACGGCGAAACCCCAGGAAGCAGAAAGGUUGAAGGGAGUGAGAUCUGUGAGUGUACCAAAACAAAAAAGGUAAAAGGAAGCGCAAAUGGAGAAGAAUCAGAGCAGAGGUGUGGAAUGCUUGAACGUAAUGGUGACGGAACCGUAUUACAUGUUCCAUUUCCUCGCUUUCUUUUCCUACUUUGUCAUUCGCACCUCCACAGCUCAUCUACUCCUCCCUCACAUCGCUCACCACCUCCUUCAUCGAGAAAUUCAAGCGGUUUUGACAUUCAGUUUACUCAUUGCCAUCAAGAUGGUGAGGGAAGAAACAUGGGAAACAAUUAUUUCUGAUACUCUGUUUUUGGGAAAGGUUUUUCUUGUCAUCCUUGCUUUAAUUAUGGAUUACCACCUGGCUCUUUGGUACAUAGUGGUUUUCAUAGUGAUAUAUAUUUUAACUCAACAACCUGCUUUCCAAGGACUAGGUACUUGUAGUAAAUUAACUCCAUUGCAAUUGGAAGCUGUACUGACAGAAGGGAAUAUAUCAAGACUCUGGCUGGUAGAAUUUCGUGCGUCAUGUUCCUCAGCUUGCAUACGCACAAGUCGAUGCUUCCCUGAGCUCUCAAUUACAUACUCAACCAAAAGUUUGUCUUUUGGGAUAGUUGAUCUUGGACUAUUCCCAAAUGCUGCUGCAAAAUUUGGAAUAUCUCUUGGCGGGAGCAUGAGUCAACUUCCCACAUACAUCUUGUUUGAGAAUGCAGCUGAAGUUGCACGCCUUCCUGAAUUAGAUUUUGAAGCCAAAGCUUAUCAUGCUCCCAUAACAAAGAAACUUCUUUCUAGAUAUUUUGAGCUAGAUCGGCACCUUCUUGAGUACGUAAAUGGCAAAUAGGUGAUUUUCAUUAACAUACACCGUAUACUUUGGAGUUCCCCAUGCUUACAAUUUCAAUCUUUUCUGUAUUUGACGCUCUGAGUGUAAAGAAUAUUGAAUUAUGAUUUGUAUCCCAAGUGCAAGCUUGGGUUGGAAAAUCAUUUAGUUCUGCUUGGUACUGAAUGUAUUCUAUUUGGCAACAUUAGAAUUCAACUCAAAAUAUAUCCUUAUGUUUCCAUUUUGCA